AUACGUUAUCUUCCUGCUCCUUGACUUCACAGCAAGCAGAUAGGUUAUCUUUUUGCUGCUUUAUCUUUUGAAUCCCCCUGUUUGACAAUCUGUUGUGGAGUUUGAACGACAAAUAACAUAACAUGGGAAGAACUGCUUAUCGUGGGGAUGGUGGUUUAGGCCUCUGCUUUGCAAUGUUGCUCGCGUUUGUUGUCCUGGGUUCCGUUGCUUUAUGGCGAUCGCCUCACCAAGCUGACAGCGGCGAUGCUGUCAAUCCAUCGACUUUUCUCGUAGCUCCUCUGGGAAGUUAUCGAGGUGCACUGGAGACUACAUAUCCUAGGAGAGCGCUUGCACAGCUGAAGAAAGGGGAUAUGCUCAGUGGUGAGGGGGGAUCGUCAAGAAAGGAUGGAGGGCAGAGGAAAGCGAGAGUCGGCAAUAAGGCCGAGGCCGAUGACCAAUUACGAGAGAAACUGUUGAAGGAAAUUGGAUCUUCAUGGGAAAUCGACGGGCUGGGGACAGAUGUUGCACUCAAGCCUGUGUCUGACCCUCAGGAAAGCACCAGAAUUUACUAUGAUGCCUCCGCACUCAUAGCAACACAUGCGGAGAUGGAGGAGAAGUUCAAGGUCUAUGUCUACAAGGAUGGAGACGAACCUCUAGUGCAUACCGGGCCUUGCAAGCAGAUUUAUGCGAUUGAUGGGUUGUUCCAGAAUGAAUUACAGAGAGAGACGAACAAGUUUGUGACCAAAGACCCUGCUCGUGCAGAUCUCUUCUUUGUUCCCUACAAUCCGACAAAUGCUGUGGACCUCUUGUUUGAACCUGGCAGUCACAGCUAUGCCCCAAUGGUCGAGUUCGUGAAAGACUACAUCAGUCACAUUCAAUCUCAGCAUCCAUACUUCAAUCAGUCGAAUGGAACGGACCAUUUCAUGUUAUCAUGCCACGACUGGAGUUCAUACACGACGUGGGCACACAAGGUCUUCGACAUCAACUCCAUCAAGGUGCUGUGCAAUGCCAAUUCCUCUCAGAACUACCACUCCCAAAAGGACGUCAGUCUUCCUGAGUUGACGAUCCCUGGUGGCAUGUACCCACUCGUCUUCGAUGGCGAUCCCCCGGCGAUCAGGACUCUCCUCGCCUUCUUUUCCGGAGGCGAUCACGGCCCUAUCCGCCCGCUGCUCUUCCAACAGUGGCUGAAUCGGAACGACUCCGAUAUGCUCAUCUUCAAGCAGACGCAGGUCAUUUCCUUGGACGAAAAUUACAUUAAGCUGAUGGAACGGUCCAAGUUUUGCUUAUGCCCCGCUGGGUAUGACGUCAACAGCCCUCGGCUUGUGCAGUCUAUAUACUACGGUUGCGUUCCCGUUAUCGUCACUGAUGACUUUGUGUUACCUUUCUCCGAGGUGCUCAGGUGGGAAACCUUCUCUGUCCGCCUUCCUGUGAAAGAUAUUCCCAACAUGAAAAAGAUUAUCGCUAGCAUUCCAUUGGCAACAUACAUAUCCAUGCAGGCGAAGCUCAAACAUGUGAGAAGACACUUCAUAUGGAACAACCCGCCGCAGAAGUACGACAUCUUCCACAUGGUGAUGCACGAUCUCUGGGUCAGGAAGAAGCGGCUGCUCAACAAUGAGAUCGAGUAUGUCUAUGUUCCCAAUGCUCAUUAAACCACGGGGUGGCGCCGCGAUGUACGGGCGGCCCGGGCCAACUUCACGUUGUCGAGUCAAUUUUCUG